CGGCUAAUAUGUCGGACUUCCGGGUUAAUGUACAUUCUCAUAACAAGCCACCAAGCUAGAGGCUCAGCUGACUGAAGCUACAUCUAUUGUUAUUAAAGCUCCCACAGCACAAACAGAAGAAUACCAUGUCAGACACGGAGACAAAACCGUCCAGCCAAGACGGGGGGGACAAGAAGGAUGGAGAGUACAUCAAGUUAAAAGUGAUUGGCCAGGAUAACAGUGAAAUCCACUUCAAGGUGAAAAUGACAACGCAUUUAAAGAAGCUCAAGGAGUCGUACAGCCAGAGACAGGGCGUCCCGAUGAACACGCUAAGGUUUCUGUUCGAAGGCCAGAGAAUCGCAGACAACCAAACUCCUAAAGAGCUGGGAAUGGAGGACGAGGACGUCAUCGAAGUGUAUCAAGAACAGACUGGCGGACUUUGGAAUGAAUAAACCCCCUGCAUUUCUUACUCUUAAUUUUUCUUAUUUUAUAUUUUAUUUUGUAUGUAUCUGUGUAUUUUAUUUUUCUCUCUUUCUUUUUUUUGUUCUGUUUUCAAACCAUCUGGAUCAAACUCGACUCUAUCAGGGCUUCCAUGUGUGAGAACAGAGAGCUUGUCAGCCUGAGGUAAGAGGACAGAGAGGAGGGGCGGGGCGGGAGGAGGCUGGUCGACCCGUGCAGUCGCAUCGCGCAGACGAUGCAGUCAAUGUGAAUGUUAGACCAGACCUUAAGUACAGGAAUUCCAUUUUUUGUCUUUUUUCCUUUUCGUCAUUUUGGGUUUGGAAGUGUCAGUGGAGCAAAAGUGGUAGCAAGUAAAACUUGACUGGGAAGCAAGCUGUAGUAAAGGAGCAGUUCACCCAAAAUGCAGACAUAUCUGUCCAGAGAAGUGAUUUGGUGACGUUCCAGUCUGGAUACCCCAAUACAACAGGGCUCGAUGGGGAUUGUUCUGUUUUGUGGAGCACAAACCGUCAAAACUUUACAUGUGGAAAAACUCAACAGCAACAUCGGGAACUAUUUCCUGUCGAAGAACACCAGCAAACUGUACCUGUUCACCCCCAGGCAGAUAAAUGCAGGUGGCCAGUUGCAGUUCUUUGAUAGGAAAUAGUUCACACAGAAACUAUCUGGACGGAUGGCUCGCAUUAGGGAUAAAUGCGAAAACAGCCUUUGUGUUUUGAGUGAACUGUUCCUUUAUGUCUGAUUGUAGCAAGUAAUGGGGCAAGUCUGUUUGCACUCAUAAUAAUUUUGAUAGGGAAAUGUCAGUCACAUAAAAUGAGAUGGCGAAGGUAAAAGUCAUUUCUGGACAUCACGUCCAUUUAGUGGACGACAGGGUUCGAUGUCUUGCUCAAGAGCCCCGUGACAGGACAGGAGGCUGUUGAUGGACAUUGUUGGCUGUGGGGAUUGAACCCGGCACCUUCUGUGUACCGGACAGACGCUCGCCUCAAUUUUAUCAACUAAAACUGCAAAUUUAAAAAAUGAUGACUCCUUUUGCCAUUUUUACCCCCCAGACCUGGAAAAGAGAGAGGGAGACUGCUGUCCUGCAACUUUGAUUCCUUUUAUGUUCAGUCUCAGUGCAGCACAUUUUGAGGCCACAGAAGCAUUGUCACAAAAUUUGUAAAAUAAUAAAUAUGACCGUAAUUGACCUGAUAAAAUAAUCUUAAUGAUUUCAUUUUUUUUUUUUUUAGAAUUAUUGUGCUUGACUUGUAUAUGUUGUACUCAGUAUUAGAGUGUGUUUGCACCAUAUGUAUCUAGAGUGUUGUCUUUUUAUUUAUAUUUGAAGGGUUUCAUUCUUUGCUUAUAUGUAUAGCCAUUUUGGAAAUGUUUUCCUAGCUGACCGGCAGUUAUUGUUUUAAACACACAUCAUUUUGUCCUUUAAAACGGAACAGUUUUGUAAGCCAAUGAGUUAGAAAUGUAACUAUAGUUAGAGGUAUGUUUCACUGUCAAGUCAGCUCUUGUUUUGGAGGAAUAGUUCUUUUUUUUUUUCCUCCCAAAUGGUGAAUAUAUUUGUUUGGAAUGAAACUCUUCAUUUGCACAUUGUAUAAAUUUCCUCAAGGAUGCAUAAGAUCAGCUGGAGGUUCAGUCUGUGUGAUCUCUGAAGGUUGGCUCAGUGUGACAGGGUGGAUGACAACAGAGGAGGUGUUCAACUCCUGACGGCAUGUCGUGACGUAUUCACAUUGAUCAGCUGUCUUCGGCUAAUCCGUCUUCACACUUUCUUAAAAUCACUGUUUGAAGCAAAAAUGGACUUUGGUACAGUUUUAGGUGGUGGAAUAUCCUCAUUAGUUGCUCUGAGCUCCCCUGGCCUGAUAAUCCCCCACAUUCUAUUUGCAUCUGUUUAUUCACUUCCACUGCAAAACAGCUCCCAAAAUUACACUUUGAGCACAUAAACAAAUUUGAACAAAGGGGAUUAUAACAUAAAAAGCUGCAAGUCCUGGUACUAAUUUUUUGAUGAAAUUAAGCCACUGUUUUCUUGUUAUUUCCCUAUUUGAAUUGGAAAGUAGAGUAUAGUAACCUUGUGCCAAGAAGAAAUUACCUGAUCAUACAAAUAAUUGUAUUUGCACAAUAACAAAAUGAUUGCCGGGGCCUGUUACAUUUUUUAUGGUCAUGAUCCUCUUUAUUGGCGUUGGUUUAUGAACUCAAAAUGUUAUUCUGGGAGCUGUUUUCUUAUGGAAGUGAUUGGAGAGAGAGAAAUGCAGCAUUGUGGAUUAGCAGCAACUAAUGAGAUUUCACCAGCAAACAUUGUACCAAAGUUUAAUUUUGUUUGAAAGCUGCCAGUGAAAGAUGGAUAUGCCACAUCACUGAGCCUGUCUGCAGGUGAUAUUUGACUUUGGUGGAGCAUUUUCACUUUUCAACAUCUCACACCUCUAGACGAGUUCGGGAGCUGUCGCCCUCCAGAUUAGCCAGCCUGGGAUCACUGCCGCCACACAAUUGCUGAAAUCACUUUUUUAAAACCAUAGUUGGAAAGAAGUGUGAGUUUUAGACGAGGUUUUCAAAAUGAAGGCAAAGUGGAGCUGACUUGUGGAUCACACGGCGUCCAAUGUUGGUAACCGUAGGUAACAACCUGAAAACGCUCCUUCAAAGUAAACUAUUGCUUCAAGAAGAUUCUCUCAAGCCGACUGUCUUUUGAUAGCGUGUCUGUGAAUAGGUCGGGUAAGGAAGUGCUGUGAUUGACUGACACUGAUGUAACAGAAGUGAAAGGACUGUUCAUCUCGAGAGGAACAUUGAUGCAGAUGGUUUGAAAUUCUGGGGAUGAAGCCUUUGGUUUUUUUGAAUAAAAUAUUUAAGAAAACAA